AUGUCGACUCCACCAGCCAGAGGAAUCGCCGACGGCCUCGCCCCGCUGCACACUUACAUCCCCAAUCAAGGCUACGUGCAUGACGAUGUAGCGCCACCCCGCCGGAGAAUAACCCUCGGGCAAUUCAUCCAAGACGACGAAGACGGGGACGAUGAGAAUGAUGAGAACGACAACGGCGACGGCGGCGACGGCGACGGAGAUGUAGACCCCCACCAAGACAUACCCCGCGAGGAUCUCCUCGACCCGGAAGACCUCGCAACAUCCAACCCCGGAGACCUGACAAAAUCAUACAACCGCCUCCGCCGCCUCGACGACGCCACUUCCAACCCCAACGUCCCGUCAUGGCAGUAUCCCAAGACAAACCCGCAGCAGAGGUCUUCGAAGCAGGACCAGCUCGACCUCCGCCAUCACGUCAAAAACAUGAAACUUACCGAAGACGAUCUCCUGUCUGGGGCCACCGGGGGAGGACAGGGCGGCGGCGGCCGCCGCGAUCGCGACAAGAGCGAGCGCGCGACGGCCGAGCAAGUCCUCGACCCGAAGACGCGGCUGAUUCUCUUCCAAAUGAUCCAGAAGGGCAUCGUGUCGGAGAUUUACGGCACGAUCUCGACGGGCAAGGAAGCCAAUGUGUAUCAUGCGGUCUCGAUCCCCGAGGACGCCGCGCAGGAAGACACGCACGUCGCCAUCAAAGUCUACAAGACGUCGAUCCUGGUCUUCAAGGACCGCGAAAAGUACGUGACGGGCGAGUUCCGCUUCCGCAAGGGGUUUCGUACUGGCGACAACAGAGCCAUGGUCAAGCUGUGGGCGGAAAAGGAGAUGCGGAAUCUGAAACGCAUCCACGCCGCGGGGAUCCCGUGUCCUGAACCACUCUACCUGAGGAGGCAUGUGCUUGGGAUGAGCUUCGUUGGGAACGGCAAAAAGGGCAAAGCGGCGCCGCGGCUCAAGGACGUCGAGUUCGAGGACGGGGUUGCAAAGUGGCGGGCCGUCUACAUCGACGUCCUGGCCUACAUGCGCGUCAUGCUGCAGGUGUGUAAGCUCGUGCACGCCGACCUGAGCGAGUACAACAUGCUGUACUUCGACAACACGCCCUACAUUAUCGACGUGAGCCAGAGCGUCGAGGGCGACCACCCGCGCAGUUUGGAUUUCCUGCGCAUGGACAUCAAGAACGUCAACGACUUCUUCAGCAGAAAAGGCGUGCACACGCUGUCUGAUAGGAGGACAUACGAGUUCAUCACACGAGCGGCGGCCUCGGGCCCUGAGAGCUGCGCACUGGACGUCUUGCGCGGAGAGAUCGACACGUCGAUGGCCCAACGGACAGACCAGGACCAGCACGAGGACGAAGUCGACAACGAGGUCUUCCGCAAGCAGUAUAUCCCGCAGACGCUGGACGAGGUGUACGACGCCGAGCGCGACGCAAGGACGCUGCACCAGCAGGGCCGCGACGCGCUCGUGUACAAGGACCUGCUUGCGCCACUGAAGGGAGAGACAGAUGCGCCCCCUCCAUCGCAAGCCCACGAUGGGGAGCAAGAUGACGACGAAGACAGGGACGGAGAGGGUAAGGGAGGCGCUCGCAUCGAGCCCGCACGGGACCACGACUCCGACGUCUCAGGCUCAGGCUCAGGCUCAGGCUCCGCGGGGGAGAAUGACGACUCCGAAGCCUCGGUGCCUGGUCGACCCCGUGGCAAACGGUUCCAGGACAAGGACGAGAAAAAGGCCCACAAGGACAAAAUCAAGGCGGAGAAGCGCGAGAAGCGGGCGACCAAGAUGCCCAAGGCCGAGAAGAAGAGGCUGGUCAAGGAGUCGGCGAGGCGGAAGCGGUGA